AUGGAUAACGAUUACAAGAGAGACCUGCAGAACUUGAUACUUAGGAUGUGUCGGAUGGUUUUCCAUGCAAUUCAAGAAGGGACCUAUGUUGCCAACCUGCGAACGAUGAAGCAGAAGAUGUUUCACGGAGAUAUAAGCUCAAAGUGCGACUUGGAUCAGUUCAUCGGAACCUUUAAAUCGGCAAAGUAUCUUCCAUACGUCGCCGGAGUUCACUAUGACCCGAUCAGCACGGUCACCUUUGAUUUCAAUUGGGAGAUCAAAGAACACAAAGAGAAUAUGGAUAAUCUCAUCUCAAUUAGUAAAGUUUGGUACAUACCGUUUUUGGAAUAUGUUGGUAAAAUGCAUCGAUGGAGAUAUCAUUGUUGGCGGGAUGUCACCGAGUCUUCCCCACACGCGGAAGAACUUCUCAACGGUAUCAUGAAUCAUUUACCCGGGUUCAGGUAUCUUUACGAUUUUCAUUGGAAUGCCACCCUCACCUCCUCCUUCCAACAACCACAAGAACCUUGCGUCCUAUUAUUGGCUUCCGAAUGCGGUGUGUUUGCCAUAGUUGUUGUGAAGUUUCGAAGUCGGAAUGGUGACAACGGUCUCUACCACCAGUAUCAUGAAUGGGUCAAGGCUUAUAAAAUUUACGCCGCCGAGAAGCACGGAAAUAAAUGCUUGUCGGUGAUCGGAGCCACGUACACAAGUGAUCCCGAGGUUUCUGAGCCUCUCGAAUUCGUGGAUGAGUUGGAUUACUCGAUUGCCCUAUCAGUACAAUCGUCCUCUUCAGAGCAACGUUUCACCUCACAUUCAAAUGUCAAAACAAUACUCCCCUGGAUGUCGAAACCCACAGAGAACGUUUUACAAGCAGCUCAAUCCCACUUCAGGAAGAUGCCAAUAAAUCCGGGAAAAUGUGCGGCCGUAGUGGGCACAGAAUGGAUAUACGAAGGGGGGAAUACUGAUAGCGAUUAUGAGGAAUAUGAUUUGAACGAUGAUUACGGCUAUUAUUAUGAUAAUGGCAAUUAUUAUUAA